UUUGACUACGCCAUUUGUAUGCGCCAUGAAGCCGGCUUGGAUAUAGAUCGAAAAUGAUGGUGUGCACGUUUUGGAGGGAUUUUUCUAUUUAGAUAUUAUAUAUUUGUGUUCUGACUGAAGGUUAGGUGUAAUAAGACUUUGAUUCGUACUGAAACAAAGUGGACUUUGAGCACGGUGCCUCUUGUUUUGGAUGCCCGAGUCAGAGAAAAGCGUCGUGUUCCGUUAUUGUGGUGAAUAAGAGACAGUGCUGGUUUUCGGGAUGAGUUAUGGAUACGGGAGAGGAAGGGGCCGGAGAGGAGGAGGAGGAGGAGGAGGAGGAGGAGGAGGACAACGAUGGAGCUCCGAAUGGGAAGACCGGGAUGAGCAGAAUCGAGGAGGAGGAGGAAGACAACGGUGGAGCUCCGAAUGGGAAGACCGGGAUGAGCAUCCUCGAGGAGGAGGAGGAGGAGGAGGAGGAGGGGGCCGAGGGAGACAUCCACCACACCUGAAAGGGAGAGAGAUCGGACUGUGGUACGCCAAAUGGGGGGGAGUGAAGCGUGCAGAAGCCGAGAGGAAGUCGAGAGCCGUAGUGCAGAUGGAUGAGUCGAGAGAGCAGCACAUCACACAACUGCUGAACUCGGUCCAGAGAGACCCGUCCCGUGACCACGAGCCGUCCGUCCCCCCGUAUCGCCAGAUGAAGCCGGAACCGAGCGGCCACAGCUACUUCGACGGCGACGAUCCUCCAGAAGAGCCGCAGAAAACGGUGAAAGUGGCUAAAAUCGAGGCGGUCAAGGUGAAGGAAGAGGAGGUGGAGGAAAAGACUAACAUAAAGGAGGAGCACGUGGAUAGAGAGCUGGAGUACCUGGUGCAGGAGAUCAGUCGGAAGCCUUCACUGGAUGAAGAGCUGAAAAGUGACCUUCAGGGCAAAAGACAGAAUUCUAAAUAUCUGGAAAUGCUGACGUUUCGAGAGAAGCUGCCUUCCUACAGCAUGAGAGAGGAGCUGGUGAAGCUGAUCCAGGCCAACCGCGUGGUGGUGGUAAGCGGAGAAACCGGCUGCGGCAAAACCACGCAGGUGACGCAGUUUAUCCUGGACGACUACAUCCAGCGUGGCAUGGGCUCGCUCUGCAGGGUGGUGUGCACACAGCCACGACGCAUCAGCGCCAUCUCGGUGGCUGAGAGGGUGGCGGCGGAGAGGGCGGAGUCUGUGGGUGAGGGGAAGUCCUGCGGGUAUCAGAUCCGUCUGCAGAGCCGGUUGCCACGGCAACAAGGCUCGGUGCUGUAUUGUACAACGGGAAUUAUUCUUCAGUGGCUGCGCUCGGAUCCGUGUUUAUCCAGCAUCAGUCACCUGGUUCUAGAUGAGAUCCACGAGCGCAGUCUGCACUCAGACGUCCUCCUCUCCAUCGUGAAGGAUCUCCUGAGCCACAGAGACGAUCUCAAGGUGGUUCUCAUGAGCGCCACGCUCAACGCCGAAAAGUUCAGCAAGUACUUCGAUAAAUGCCCCAUGAUCCACAUCCCGGGUCACACCUACCCUGUGAAGGAGUACCUGCUGGAGGACGUGGUGGAGAUGCUCAGGUUCCGGCCGCAGCAGCAGGAUCGACGUCCACGCUUCAGGAGAGGGUUCAUGAGCGGUCAGAACGUCCGGCCCGAGAAGCAGGAGAAAGAAGCAGAGUACAAGGAGAGCUGGGAGAGUUUCAGUCGCACACUCAGAGACAGGUUCUCUGACAGCACCAUCGACACCCUGGAGAUGAUGGACGAGGACGAUAAGAUCAACCUGGAGCUGAUCGUAGCACUCAUCCGCCAUAUCGUGCUGAACGAAGAGGAUGGAGCCAUCUUGGUGUUCCUGCCUGGCUGGGACAACAUCAGCAGCCUGAAUGACCUGCUCAUGGCUGACCAGAUGUUUAAAUCUGAUCAGUUUGUGGUCAUUCCCCUGCACUCACUGAUGCCCACGGUCAACCAGACACAGGUUUUUAAAAGGCCACCUCCUGGAGUCCGAAAGAUCGUGAUUGCAACAAACAUCGCAGAAACCAGUAUCACUAUAGAUGACGUGGUGUACGUGAUCGACGGAGGGAAAAUUAAGGAGACUCACUUCGACACGCAGAACAACAUCAGUACCAUGACGGCGGAGUGGGUGAGCCUCGCCAACGCCAAGCAGAGGAAGGGGCGUGCCGGCAGGGUGUCUCCAGGUAAAUGCUACCACCUGUAUAACAGCCUGAGGGCGAGUCUUCUGGACAGCUACCAGCUCCCUGAGAUCCAGCGCACACCGCUCGAGGAGCUCUGCCUGCAGAUCAAGAUUCUGAAAUUGGGUCCAAUCGCAUCAUUCCUGAGGAAGACUCUGGACCCGCCGUCGGACAGAGCCAUCGAGCUGGCCAUCACUCACUUAAUGGAUCUGAAUGCACUAGACCGGAAUGAGGAGUUGACUCCCCUGGGCUUUCACCUGGCCCGUUUGCCUGUGGAGCCCCACAUCGGAAAGAUGAUUCUGUUUGGAGCGCUGCUCGCCUGCCUGGACCCUGUGCUAACUAUAGCAGCUAGCCUUAGCUUUAAAGACCCCUUCUCCAUACCACUGGGGAAGGAGAAAAUAGCUGACCAGAGAAGAAAAAUCCUGUCCAAAAACACCAAGAGUGACCACCUGACUGUGGUCAACGCUUUCCGGGGCUGGGAGGAAGCCAAGCGGCGCGGCUACAGGUGCGAGCGGGAAUACUGCUGGGACAACUUCCUGUCUGCCAACACGCUGCAGAUGUUACAGAACAUGAAAGGCCAGUUUGCGGAGCAUCUCUUGGCCGCUGGCUUUGUGAGCAGUAAAGACCCGAAACAUCCCGGUGCCAACAUCAACUCCGAAAAUGAGAAGCUCCUGAAGGCGGUCAUCGUGGCCGGCUUGUACCCCAAAGUGGCCAAGAUUCGCCCGAGUCUCCACAAGAAGAGACCCAUACCAGCAAAGGUGUACACUAAAGCUGAUGGGAAGGUCUGUAUACAUCCCAAAUCCGUCAACUCUGAGGAGACGCAGUUCCACUACACCUGGCUCAUCUACCACUUAAAGAUGAGGACCACCAGUAUCUUCCUGUAUGACUGCACCGAGGUGUCUCCGUUCUCGUUGCUCUUCUUCGGUGGUGAUAUCUCCAUCCAGAAGGACCAGGAGCAGGAGACCAUCGCGGUGGACGAGUGGAUCGUCUUCCAGUCUCCUGCUCGCAUUGCUCACCUGGUCAAGAACCUGAAGAAGGAGCUGGACCUGCUGCUGGAGGAGAAAAUCAAACGGCCGUGUCCGGUGGACUGGAGUGACCGAACCUCCAAAGACUGCGCCGUGAUCUCGGCCAUCAUCGACCUCAUCACCACGCAGGAGAGCGCCACGACUUCACACGAGCCCUACAGGAAAAACCGCCAGCACUGGGACUAGAGAUGGACACAGAGAGAGAGAGAGAGAGAGAUGGACACUGAGAGAGAGAGAGAGAGAGAGAGAGGCUUCACAGGUUCUCCUUAAAUCACUUGCUUUAAGACAUUUCACUAUAAACACAAUAAUAAUAAUAAAUAUGAAAACUUGGGUAAAACUUUAUUAGUUGAAACCUCUGGAUUCUUCUCGCUGCUUUUCAACCUGCUCUCCAUCUCAGCAGAUCUUCAUCUCAUCUACUCCACAGCACUGAUGAGAUCUGCGUGCCGAUUGGUCCAUUCCGUACCUCUGACAGACACACUUACAGCUGAUUUAUAUCAUUGCGCUCAUUCUAAUAUUGCUACGGUUUCUGUAGUAACGACUUGGGUGAUGGACACUUCAUGUAAAGUCCUCAUGUAGAGCUACACAGGGUCAGGAGAACCCGGAGUCUGUCCCAGGAGACUCGGGGACAUACUGGACAGGGUGGCAACACAUCAAAGGAUAGAAACACACACACACACAGACUGGAGGAGGAAAGUGGAGAACCUGGAGGAAACCCCUGAAGUACUGGGAGAACAUGCAAACACACACAGAUCAGAGACUACAAGGCAUGUCUGGACUGGAGGAGGAACCUGGAGGAAACCCCUGAAGUACUCGAAGAACAUGUAAACUCCACACACACACAGGGCGGAGACGUGACUCGGACCCCCAACCCUGGAGAUGUGACCCCAAACAUGCUAAGUGACCACACACUCGUUGUUUAUGGAAGGAGUCUCCAGUCUCAGAGCUCUAAAACAAUCUGUAGUAAAGCUUUAGCUUAAAACUUUUCUUUAAUUUUAGAUAAAUAUAAAAUUUACACGUUCUAUUCUUUCCAUUGACUUACAGUGAAGAGUGUGUUCAGAGAAAUAUUGCUUAUGGCACCUUUAACUUUCCAGACUGAGUGUGUGUGUAAUGACUGUGUGAUCUGUACACACUGCACAUGUUUAUCCCAUGAGGUGAAGAUCUGCAGAAAGAUUCUAACUCGUGACCCUCAUUUAACAACCCCCCCACCCCACACCCACCCUGAUUCAUUAUUAAUAAAGCCAUCGCU